AUGGCUCAGCUCCUUCUGUGCGACAACGGAACGACACAGCGACCGUAUCACUGCACCGAUCCGCCUGUCAGUCUCACACUCCAUAUUUCCCUCGCUCAUGAACAAGACCCCGGGAUCACUCUCCAUGUCCGGAGAUCCGGUCCUCGAGGCCCCCACCUUCGACUGCCGCUGAGAUCUCAUCGAACCCACCCCUCAUGGCUCCUCCGGCUGGUGGUGGGUCCACAGGAGGACAGCCCCACGUCGCUCCUGGCCACCAGGCACUUGCUGUUGAGCACCCAACACAGGCCUAACUCCAGGGUGGGGCCUCGCUACAUCCAGAGGAGCAGAGUCUUGGUUCGAGGCCUUAACACACAAGAAAAAGUGUCCAGUGCGUCACUUAAGGCAUCCUGGAUUUUGGCUCGUCAUGGAAAACCUUUUACUGAUGCAGAAAUUUUGAAGGAUGUGAUGGUGUCAGUUUUGCAAGAGCUGUCGACUGAUAAAACCACAGACGCACUUAUAGCUUCUGUCAAACAGAUGCCACUCUCCGCACGCACAGCUGUGCGCCGAAUUGAAGUAUUGUCCUCCGAUAUACAUGGUGAUAUUAUCUGCGCACUCCGUGAAGUUGAUCACUAUUCCCUGGCUAUUGACGAAAGCACUGACACGACAGAUGUGGCUCAAAUGUGCGUUUAUGUUAGAUAUUUUGAUGACAAGACUGUCUCAUUCCAAGAAGAACUUCUUUUUCUCAUUCCGCUGGAAGGCCAAACUACAGGUGAGAUUCUGUUUGCCAAACUUGAGGAGCAGUUUAGGAAACACUCCUUAUCCCUUGAGAAGAUUAAUUUCAUUGUAACAGACGGCGCUCCAUCUAUGAUUGGAAAGCAAAGAGGUUUGGUUAGCAGACUCAGGGAAAUUGUUCCAAACAUACAGGCGCUCCACUGUCUUAUCCACCAAAGUGUGCUGUGCGCCAAGCUGAGUGGUGAGCUAAAGACCGUAAUGGACAAAGUGAUGCGCAUCAUUAAUUACAUCCGAGGGACAUCGAGCACACAACACCGUCUUUUCAGGCAACUUGUGACUGAAUCAGAAGAAGCAAGCCACAGCGAUUUGCUGCUGCACAAUGAUGUGCGCUGGUUAAGUAAGGGGAGAGCGUUAGAGCGCAUGUGCACGCUUCUCAACGAGAUCAAGGCCUUUCUUCAAACAAAAAAUAGCGCACCUGCCACAGAACAUCUUGCCCAGCUUGAAGACAAAACCUUCAUGGCCAACGUUGCUUUUUUGACGGAUAUAUUUGGCCACCUUAACCAGCUUAAUCUUCAGCUACAAGGACGAGAGAAAACAAUUGUGGACAUGGUAGAAAAGCUGGAGGCUUUCAUCAAAAAGUUAAACUUAUUCGAGACAGACAUGACAUCCAAACGACUUCUGCAUUUCCCAACAUUAAAAAAGCAUGCGCCAAAAGAAGUGACAAAAGGAAUGGUGGAUUUUGUUAAACAUGUGCUAGGGGAAUUCAUUUCGAGAUUUGAGGACUAUUCUUCCCCCAAAGAAAUACUUGCCUUCGUGCGUGAUCCAUUUAGUGUCCAGGCAAACCCAGAGUUCUCUUUAAUUGUGAAGGAAACACUGCCUUCAUUAAACGAGGCAACGUUUGAGCUGCAGUUGACAGAGUUUCAUACAUCGUCCCAAAUGCGCUCAGCUCUCCAAAAUGCACAGUCCCUUUGCGCGUUCUGGCUCUCCUGUCCCGAAGAUUAUGGCGAGGUUAAGAAGCUGGCUUUUUAUGUGCUGACAAUGUUCCCGUCGACUUACACCUGCGAGUCUACAUUUUCUUCUAUGAAUGCAAUUAAAACUCAUGAAAGAAACAGGCUGACAAACAGUAACUUGGAAAAUGCCCUACGUCUGAAAGUCACAUCUUUAACACCCGACAUUAAAAAGAUUGUUAAAGAGGGGAAAUUCCAGUAUUCUCACUGA